AAAACUAAACCACUUAUAAUAAGAGAGUAAAGAGUCAGAGCAAAGGAGAGAAAAUCAAUGGCUGAGAAGGGUGUUAUUGAUAACAAAGAAAAAGGCAGUCGCAGAUGGUCUCUUGAUGGUAUGACUGCUCUUGUCACCGGUGGCACCAGUGGAAUUGGGUACGCCAUAGUGGAGGAAUUGUGUGGACUAGGGGCAAAAGUACAUACUUGUUCUUGGAACGAAACUCAGCUGAAUGAAUGCUUGAGUCACUGGGAGACCAAGGAAUUUCGAGUCACUGGUUCAGUCUGUGAUGUGUUAAGUCCAUCACAGCGGGAAGAGCUAAUUCAUAAGGUCUCCUCUUUGUUUGAUGGAAAACUCAACAUCCUUAUAAAUAAUGUCGGAACGACCUAUAUAAAACCAACACUGGAGUACACAGCUGAAGAUAUAUCAUUUCUAAUGGGCACUAAUUUUAAUUCUGGUUACACCAUUUCCCAACUUGCUCAUCCUCUUCUCAAAGCUUCAGGGGAUGGGAGCAUUGUGUUUGUGUCUUCUAUGGCAGGAGUUUUAGCAGUAAAUGUUGGAUCUUUAUAUAGUGCAGCUAAAGGAGCUAUUAACCAGUUGGCAAAAAACUUGGCAUGUGAAUGGGCAAAGGAUAAGAUAAGGAUCAAUUCUGUGGCGCCUUGGUUUAUCAGAACCCCACUUGUUGAACCUUAUUUUUCCGAACAAGAAUUUUCAGAAGCUGUGAAUGCCAGAACUCCUCUAGGGAGAAUUGGAGAGCCAAAAGAAGUGUCAUCAUUGGUAGCAUUUCUGUGCUUACCUGCAGCUUCUUAUAUAACUGGUCAGACUGUUGGUGUUGAUGGGGGAGUGGCAGCGAAUGGCGCAUUAUAUUCUUGAAAACAAGACAAAUUAAAGCAAGUCUUUCUAUUUGAUAUAGAAGGUCAAAUAAAUCUUUAAUUAUCUUGCCUGUAAUAAUCUUCUACGCCAAUGAGAGCAACUUAUAGAUUGGAAGUGUUACGAGUCCACUUGGUCAUUUUGUUAAGUCCUUUAAAAGUGUUUCCCUUGUAACUACUUCUUAAACAGUAGUCUUGUAAGGGAGUCUAAACUCCUUGCACUCUGCUCUCUGUUAUAAAUAAAGUUGGUCUCAAUAGCUCUAUUCAUUUCUGAGCUAUUUUUCUUUCCUCAA